AUGCCUCCAAAAGAGUCCAAGGAUGGGCGACCAUCACGUUCGUCGCGACCAUCGACCCGUCGCUCGACUCCUGUCAACACACCAUCAUCCUCCAAACCCUCCGCUCCACAUACACAACCCGCCUCGGCUCCACACAAAGCGACAUCCGCUUCGGCUUCGGCUUCGGGCAGCGUAAAACACGGCUCCGAGUCAGAUUGGUCAGAGCCCCCGUUGGCCACUCCUAAGGCAUCUUAUAAGGAGUACGACGAUAAGGCUUUGAUGAACACUUCUACAACACACAUGCUCCCGCUUGGGGAGCUACCUACACCGAAAAUGCUCGAGGCAACAAAACGCCCUUAUCCUGGCGGGGGAAAGAAGAAGGGAAAGCAGUCAUCACAGGGAAAUGGGGCAUCAGGUUGGACACAGGGAGGAACUGGAGGAAAUGGGGCGCCUGUAAGCAAAAUAGCAAAUGGCGGCCCAAUAAUCUCGAGUGGGAUUAGAGCUGGAGUUUCCGGGGGAGGAGGAGGAAUUAUUACUACAGGAAAUGGUGGCGGCGGAGUACCACCACCACUACCAGUCACACCCGUGGCUGGAUCCUCACGUUCUGCGCAGACGCAGACAGUUUCUACACAAACCGUUAAAGUGAAGCCUCCUGUGAUAACGACACCGGCGCCCGUAUCGGCACCAUCACCUGGAGGAAUGACGAUAGGCUCUUCCGGUUCGCCGCCGGCUAAUCCCUCAACUCCCUCGGGCUCAAAUGGUUCCCGACCGGGUGCUGUCAACGGAGCCUGGCUGAAUGGAAAUGCCCCAAACAGCAAAACACCGCAAGGCCGACAGCGGUUGUCUAUGGUAGUUGAUGCUGCGAUCGAGCGCAGUGCUCAGGUUGGGAAUGUUGAUCUAGGACGCGCUAUUAAAAAGCUCUACGAUGAAUCACUAUCCAACUCCCUACUCGCGGAUCUAUUGGACGCGGUACUUGCCCAGAAGGCUACAUCGGAACAGAUUCAUCAGUUUCAGACAUACGUACGGAAUGCUCGGGAUCCUAACGCAACGUCCGCAGAGCCUACGUCCGCAGCAAAUGCGACAAACGGCAUCGUUUCUACGGGUGGCAACAGUAUUGUGAAGAAGGAGAAGAUGAGCAGGAAGGAGCGGAAGAAGAAUGGGAUCAAGAAGCACCAACACGGGGAGCAACCUGAUGAGGACACGGAUUCAGAUUUGAGUUCAAUUUGCUCAGAAACUGACGAAGAUCAACAAAAAGGCGGCAAAGAAGCUGCUGCUAUUGAUUCGACACCUCACCAUCGUAGUCGAGUUCCUUCUCCAGUCAAUAAUUUUACACCAAUUCAAGGUAACGACUCGGAGCAUCAGGCAAAAAGAAUAAAGCUUCCAACUUUCGACCAAAUCAAACAGGACAGCAGCAUUCGUGAUCCUCCGCCCGCUGGGAUUGCUUGCCGUCCAGCAAAGGGGAACGGGAACCCAAGGAAAAGGAAUCGAAGCCCUAGUAUCUCGACACCACCACCACAGACGUACGCCUCUUCUUCUGUCACCCCAUCCUCUUCAGUUGCGGCUCCUACUUCAGCGCCAGUGCCAGCUCCAGCCCCCCUUCCAACCCAACCUCCAAAGAAAAAAAACAAGACCAAUAAAAUCAAAAUUUCUCCGGUCAAGAAAACUGUUACGGAACCGUUUGUGGUGACCGCUGGGAUUGGUGAUUUGAGUGAUCACAGACGUGUUCGGUACGGGUCAGAGGAGGUUUCCGAGAACGAAGAUGUGUGCGCCGUAUGUAACGGACCUGGUCGAUUUCUUUGCUGCGAACGCUGCCCUCGUUCUUUCCAUUUCACGUGCUUGAAUCCCCCUCUAGAAGAGAUCCCGGAUGGAAUGUGGUUUUGCAACAAAUGCACAUCUCAACACAAUCCUCCAGUAAAGCCACCCAGGGGCCUUUUUUCCGAACUAAUCGACGGUAUCAAUCGAAGAAACCCGACCUCUUUUAGAUUGCCACCGGAUAUCCGUGGCUAUUUUGUUGGGGUAGAGACAGGAGCCUUGGGUGAAUACGUUGAUGUCCGGGAUAAUAAAACGCAGAAGUUUAGUAAGAGUGGCUUUGUAGAAGAAUACGAUACUCUGAAACUGAAGGAUAAGGCUGGAAAUGCCAUCCUUUGUCACCAUUGUGGGAAGUCUGCUGUCAAUGGGCAGCGGAUCAUUUCUUGCGAUUUUUGUCCACUUAGUUGGCAUCUGGAUUGUAUUGGACCAAUGCCAAUGCCCAAUCCUCCCCCAACCCAAAAGAAGUGGAUGUGCCCAGCGCACGCAGACGGACUACAACCUCGCCGGCCGAAAAAAGCGCCUAUCGUCGAUACCUCCCUUAGGCGAGGAUUUAAGAACAACGGGGUUAUUGAGAUUGAAAACGAGGAAGAGGUAAUGUUUGAGGAUGUCAUGGUCAGCGGAAUUGUCUACAGGUUGCCGGAAAGAGGUAUUAAGCUGGACUUUAUCGAAAAAGUCAAGACGGAAAGACCACCUAUCAAGGGAACGCGCAAGCUCAAGAAGAGUAAAGCAACAAGCACCACCCAUCUAUCUACUUCGCCUGUACUGCCUCUUGAGGACCGCCCACUUAUCGACCAACAGCUUGUCCAGCAUUUGUUAGAGUUUUCGGGGAAUUCUGCUGUCUUAUCUACCUUUAAUGGGGGAGGCAUCAACACCUUAAUAGAAGCUUUAAUCAGCGAGGCUACUCCAUCUGUCAAGGCUCUUUUUGGCGAGCCUCAUCCAUUGACAAACCAUCCACUGUCGCCAGCCGCCGCGUCACUUGACACAAAUGCCAAUAGCAACACCACGCUCUCCCCAGAGAGGGAGAGGACACAACUUUUAGCGCUGCAGGAAAUAAUCACAAAGCGGUUACAAGCGUUGCAGGCCCCUUCACUGCUUCCUUUACCGCCCCCUCCGAAAUCCAGAUAA